AUGUUGCAACAAUUAAAUAGCGUUAAAUUCAAACCUGGAGAGGACCGAUGGAAGUGGAAGUCAGACAACAAAGGCGUGUUUUCGGUUGCGGCGACCAGAAAUCAGAUAAUCAAACAACAUGGAAUCGGAGUCGAGGAAGAAUGGAAAUAUUGGAAUAAGUGGGUACCACCGAAAGUUAACUAUUUUACGUGGAGAGUGAUGAUUGAGAGAAUCCCGGUUAAAAAGGAACUAAUAAGAAGAAGAAUUCCGAUGAAUAAUCAGUUAUGUUCAAGAUGCGGGAUACAAGAGGAAACGGUUGAUCAUGUGAUAUGCGGAUGUACAUCAUCAAAAUCUGUUUGGAAAAAGAUUCUCGUUUGGCUAAAAAUACCAACGUCCACUGAAUUCCGCGGGUGUAGAGAAACUUUAGAGUACGUUAACGAACUAACUGGAUCAAACGAGUGGAAGAAAGUUAUUAGAACAGUGUUUCAAACAACUGUGUGGAAUAUUUGGAAGUCUCGAAACGAAAAGGAGUUUGAAGAUAAACUGGAACCAGCAACGACAUAG